AGAGAUCCAGCACCGCUCGCACUGCACGGCCCCUUUAAGAGGCUGAUGAUGAGCAUGAGGAGGAUGACGAUGGUGCGUCUGCGCCUGGGAGCAGCAGCGUUAGCGCAGCAGAAUCCGACACUACCUGUACCAUAGAGACGAGCAGGAUAACAACAUCCUCCCAUCUCGCGCUUUGCUGCCGAGCCUUAGAGGAGGAAUGGGGGGGUGAACUGAUUCGGCAGGGAAGGAAGGAAGGAGGGACGCCGCUCUACGUUGUGUCAAGAUGGUGUCGUGGAUCAUCUCUCGGAUGGUGGUGCUCGCUUUCGGGACCCUUUACCCAGCCUACUCCUCCUACAAAGCAGUAAAGACGAAGAAUGUGAAGGAAUAUGUGAAAUGGAUGAUGUAUUGGAUAGUCUUUGCAUUUUUUACGACAGCAGAGACUAUCACAGACAUUGUCCUGUCAUGGUUCCCUUUUUACUUUGAGUUGAAGAUUGCCUUUGUUAUCUGGCUGCUGUCCCCCUACACCAAGGGCUCCAGCGUGCUGUAUCGCAAGUUUGUCCACCCCACACUGUCUAACAAAGAGAAGGAGAUUGAUGAAUACAUUGCUCAGGCUCGGGACCGUAGUUAUGAGACAAUGAUGCGAUUUGGGAAGAGGGGCCUCAACCUGGCAGCCAAUGCUGCUGUGACAGCAGCCACCAAGGGGCAGGGUGUGCUGUCGGAGAAGUUGCGGAGCUUCAGCAUGCAGGAUUUAACGCUGAUUCGUGAUGAGGAGGAGCUACACCUGCGCAGCUCUGACUCCCGCCUGCGCAGCUCUGUGUCCAAUCUGCACGAUGGUGCAGAGGACAUGGGAGGUGGCGGAAGUACACCACGAAAAACCGCAGCACGUCAAGCUCGUACCACACCCACUGCUGCUGCUUCGGAUGAAUUUCAUCAUAGUUCUAAGUCUGAUGGGGACCAAUCGGAUGCCAGGACAGAGCAGUCCGAUGAGGAUGGUAUGGACAAGGCCCCCAAACGCACUGCAAGUGUCAAGACAGCCAAGAAACCAGCUGCUGCCAAGACAGAGACUCAAGCCAAGACAGUGAAGAAGCCGCCAAAGAAGAAGGUAACCCCAGCAGCUGGCAGUAAUGCAGAGUCUGCUUGAAGAAUCCCUCUCCACGCCUCAGUCGUGAUGUUCCUUUAUCCCCCUGUCCAUGUCUCUGCUGGAUGGACACACACGCACACACCCAUGCCUAUUUGUCUGUCACACAGGUCAAGUAUUAAGGAAAGUAUUAAGUAUUAAGGAAAGUUCAGGCUGGCAAGUGAGGAUUUAAUUGUACAUGCCAGUAUUAAUGCACUCUUCAGACCUUACUUAGCCAAGUUGCUUGUGAAUUUUAAUUUUCAUCUUGCUAUGAAAGUGUAUGUGCGUGUGUGUAUAUUUCUGAGAGAGAAACUGCACAGGCUGUAAUUCCACUCUCAAGGAUUGUGAGCUCAUACCCUACAAUAUCCUAAACUUAGAUUAAGAAAGGCAACUUUAUGAAGUGCCCAUUGAAAUGAAUUGCUUUUGUCCAAGUGAGAACAGUUCAUGUAAACGUUCUGGACUUUAUGCAGAAGCUUGCGUUUCAAUUUAGGGCACUUUCUUCCUCAACAUUCGAAGGUCGAGAAAUGGGACAGACUCUAUGGGAUCACGGCUGAGACCAGAAUAGGAACAGAUGGAGCAAAGUAGGAUAGAUAGUUACUGUUACAAGUUUCACUUUAACCAGUAGGCACCAUUUUAAGUUUUCAUACGCUUUAAAAGUUGAAGUAGUGGAAUGCUUUACCUUGGAAUAAAAACUGGAUGCUAGUGUGCCACUAAUAAAAAUAUAUUUCUAUAUGUGUAUAUAAACCUAAUUGUAGAAAAACAGGCCAUCCUGGAUCCACUUGGUGUGAGAAGGCAGAUGUGCCAUUUUUUUUCUUUUCCCCCUCCCCUCUCCCUUCUAUUUUGCUGUGUGGAUGAACAAUAUAAAGUCUCACUAGUGGAUUUACCAAAGGGCAGGGUUGCACAUGGCCGGCCAGUUCGCAGUACUCGUAUUAGGUGCCAGUGGCUGUUUUGCAAUGCUGGAAGCCAGGAGUGUUUUCCCAGUUAUAAUCUCUUCAUCCCUGUGAAGCAGGCCAGUGCAGCCAUGUGAUUCUCACUCACUGACAAACAGUCUUUGUUUUGCAUGUGGAUUAGGUAAACCUGUUUUUAUUUUUAUUUUUAAAAAGUGUACAAUAUCUGAUGUAUAGUUCCCCUGUGCCUGAUAGGGCUCUGGGGAUGGAAUGUGUCUGUAUUGCACCCUGUGUAAAUACAAAGCCUGUUUUAUCAGUGUUGAGAGUGUACAUCUGGACACUGUAGCCCUCAUAGUGAGUAUUCAGCUGAGGCCGGUGUAGCUGAAAGAAAUGUUGGGUGAAAAGGGGGUUCCUAAUAGACAGCUGUACAAACACUGUAUUAUGGGAGGGGUGACCAGAGCCCCAAGAAGGCCAAACACAGUUGAUGGUUUCUGAGCAGUAUGAUCAUCGUGCGUUUUUACAGUGCUUUGACCUCUCCCUUCCUGGCAUAUAUGCCAGCAAACAAUACUGCAUGAGCCAUGGGGACAGGAAGUGUCAGCUUCUACAGAGAUGAACAGCAGCUGGAUUUGGCUGUGGAGUUCUCACCUGUGGGGUGUCGUCAUUGGCUCUGUGCAGAGGGUGCAAAUGCAGCACAGCUGGUUCUAGUGGCGAUAGGCCUUUGCUCUUAUUUGCAGACACCAUCUAUAUCACUGCACUAAGCUCAAUUUUGUCUCCUUGGAUAGAUGGAGAUCUGCCUUAGCAUAUCACCCUCUGGAAUCCUCUAAUGAGAGCCAUUUGUAAUGAGUGGGGAGUGACAGCUGAGGUCAGUUACACUGUUAAAUACAGUUUAGAGUAACAGGAGCAGUUUAAGCCAUUAUCUUAUUUUUAACAGUCGGUUUAGAUAUCACAGCACUUAAUCAGCUGCAUAUCAAGGCAACCAAAUGUUGCCAGUGGUCUCUACUAUACUUUGUUAGCUUUGAAGUUGUAUUGCAGUUUUUCAUCUGACUUUGCUGAACCUGCAGUCAGGGAAGUGCAGAUGGGGAUGUGAACAAAAUUCUUAGCGUUUCUCGUGCGCGGUAAUUCUCUGGAGGAGCAGUGUCAGGAGCUGUUUUUUAGAGGACACCGUUGCCUGUGGCAGGAUUUAUUUUGGAGAACUUCAGUGAGCCCAGAUGGAAGGCAGGCAGGCAGGCCACACACACACACAGUGUGUGUUGCAGCUGUGUGUUCCUGUGGCAGCAGUAGGUGGUGCCACAACCCAACACUACGGAGAAUAGCUUCUGAGUUAUGUGUGAAGUUACUCGUUGUAUAGGUGUAAAUAGUAAUGAUGACAACUGUAUAAACAAGCUUGCUUGCCUUAUUCUCUUAUCAUGGUUUUUUUUUUUUUUUUUUAAAUUUUUAUAUCCAGUCAUGACAAAUCGCAACACGCAACCUUCCACAAGAUCUUGUGUUGAUGAAGGAUUGUGUUAGGAAGGAUGUUUUAAUCUUACCAGAUUCUCCUGUUUUUACAGAUUUUUUUUUUUCUUUUUUCUUUAAAUGGCGACAAAUGCUGUGGUCAUAGGAUCAGUUCCUCCCCACACUUCAUGGGCAAAGUUGACAACACUUAUAGAUUUUGACCAGUCAAGUCAGAUUUUGUGAUCCACAAUCCAUGGAAAAAAUAAGCAAACUUCUAAACAAUCCUUAAUGAUGAUAAUCUUUCUUAACCAUAUUUUUUUUUGGUUAAUUUCUAAUAAACAGUUUCAGAUCUUUUUAUACCUAUGUUUAGAGGCUUUGCCUGAAUGUCUAACAUUUUUAGAUAACAGCAAAGUGUUUUGGUAUUUCCACUGUUUAUUUUCAGGUUAAAUGAAACAAUAUGUCCACUGGCAGAUCAGUUUUACACCAAAAUUGGAUGCUUCACACACUGUCAUGUCACUGGAACAUCAUAUUUAAAAUUUUCUUUCUUUAAAAUUUAGUAUUGUGUACAGAAUUUCCAUUGUGAGAAUAUUUAUUUGUGCCAACUGACACUUGACUAUAAAUAAAGAAGUUAAUUUAAGUUUUUGUGCUGAAACACUGCUUUGAAAAUGUACUGGUCAUUUAUUUUAUGGUCA